CCAACCACCCAACAACAAUUGACUUUUCUUCUUUUAUUUUUUUCCCCAAUUAAAAAAAAAAAGUUCGUACAACCCAAAGAGAAUCUUUUUAUGAAAAUUUAGUUGAUUUUGAUGAAUGUAGAUAUAUGUUCAUGUAUGGAAUAUAUCCUGUAACUCUGAAUGCAAUUUGAUAUACAAGUAUAUUUGUGAUACACAAAUUCUGGUGGAAUUCAAUUGAGAAUAAUAGGUGCCAAAGAAAUGGAUUCAUUAGGGUUGUAGUGCUGUGCAUUUAGCCUUUGUGAUCUCGGUCCUUCAUUUCAGAGGCUGAAAAAUGUCUGUUCAACAGGACAAUACACAGGACAAUACAGAGGGCAAUACAGAGGGCAAUAAUGUCUCUGGUGCCCGCCUCUAUGACCUUCUACAAAUGGACACUUCUCCAAGUGAUAGUGAUCAGAUGGAACCGCAAGUGCAAGACUAUUCUUUGAGUCCUCGAUGUAGACUAGAGGCUCUAAUGACAGAGUCUGGCAAUAGUUUUUGUGCAGACUGUGGAUCUCCCGAUCCAAAAUGGGUGUCUAUAAGUCUUGGAGUGUUUAUAUGUAUCAAGUGCUCGGGUGUACAUAGAAGCCUUGGAGUGCAUAUAUCGAAGGUGUUUUCAGUGAAACUAGAUGAGUGGACGCAUGAGCAAGUUGAUAUGUUAACUGAGAUGGGCGGAAAUAAUGUUGCAAACUUGAAGUAUGAAGCUGCCUUUCCAGAAAAUUAUAAAAAGCUAAAGCCAGAUUCGUCCAACGAAGAGCGCAAUGACUUUAUCAGGAGAAAAUACGAGCUGCAACAGUUUGUGAAUUCCGAUUUACAGUUGAUGUGCCCGAUUACAACAACUUCUUCUAGUUCGACCUCAGAGAAGAAACAUUCGACUGGCCAUCGAAUCCAUGGUCUGGGAUUUGCGUUUCGCAACAGCUGGAGAAAGAAAGAGUCCGAAACCCAGAAGGCGACUAGGAAACUUAACUCAAUGGCAGGUAUGGUUGAAUUCAUCGGACUGAUCAAAGUGAAUGUGGUAAGGGGCACCAACCUAGCUAUCCGUGAUAUGGUAUCCAGCGAUCCGUAUGUUAUUCUAACCUUGGGAAGCCAGUCAGUGAAGACGCGCGUCAUAAAAAACAAUUUGAACCCGGUCUGGAACGAGCAACUAAUGUUGUCAAUUCCAGAGAACGUUCCUCCUUUAAAAGUGCAUGUGUUUGAUAAGGAUACAUUUACGACAGAUGAUUUUAUGGGGGAGGCGGAGAUUGACAUCCAACCUCUCGUCGUGGCUGCGAGAGCAUCUGAGAAUUUCACCAAGAACGAUCCGCUGCAGCAGCUCGGGACGACAUGGAAAGUGGACACAGAAAACGCCAAUCCCCCGCUUGUAGCAGAUGGCGCUAUAUACCUCAUAGAAGGUACGGUGAAGCAGGAAAUAGCCUUAAAGCUGCAGAAUGUUGAGAGGGGAGUGUUGGAGGUUGAGCUUGAAUGUGUUUCUCUCACACAAUAGUGUUCACAAAAUUAAACUGAAAACAAAAAGAUCCAUUUGCAUUUGCACUACAGAUAUCAUAGCUUAUCUUGGUUCAGAAACAGUUAGGGAAAAAUUUUGCAGCCUUUGCUGAGUUGAGUUGUUGCUUCUAAGCUGCAGUUUUGAUCUCAGAGAUACUGAGGGGAGGGAUACCUUUGACCUAGAAACAGUGUGCAAUGAUGUUUGGUCCUUUAGUUGUAUGUAAAUACUUACAUUGGUCUCUUGACUAUUAUGCAAAUAUUAUUCUUAUUUUAUGUAUAAAAGAAUAGUAAACUCGAUCUUUGAUA